CAUGUACUGUGUGGACUCCGCCGCGGGCCGGCCGGGCGAGGCGACGAAGCUCAACACAGAGAGCCUCGGUUUCGAUGCAGAUAUGCGCAGACGGCGCUAACGUGAAAUGUCUCUAUUGCGAUUGAAAUGGCAUCCCCUAAUAUGCUGCUCUGUUCGCUGGCCAUUGUUCUGUUGGGCAUGGCUACUACGUUGGUCUCAAGGAGCGAGGGACAAGAAGAAGCCCCUGAAUUGGAUCCUGUUGGGGAAGAGUUUCCUAGUCAAGGCCACCUUGACCACACAGAUAUGCUGAACUUUGACCCCGUCAGCAGGACGAUGCGGGGUAGUGGUGGGAUAAAUAAGGUCAAAAGCUGUAAGAAGGAACUACAAACCUGUCAUGACAAUUUAGCAGACUGUAAAGUGGUCUACGACAAACCCGUCAAUUCAGAGGACUCCAUGGAAUCCCCCUGUAAGCUGGAGCAGAUGUUCUUCCGCCGGUUUGCCAAACAUUUCAUCAACCUGCUGAUUUCCGAGGCUGAUGUUGGUGAGGAUUCCCCGCUGGUGGCUGAGGUCCGAGUAGAGCUGAGCAGCUACCGCUGGAACAAGCUGCGUCAGUUUGUCCAGCAGAAAGGGAAGGUCAAACUGGUGGACGCCCACGACUUCAUGGUGGAUAUGCUUAUGAGCGUCCGCCAUGACAACGUCACGGAAAAACCCGGCCUGCUGGAAAGAAUGACAGAAAUGGACCCAAGGGACAUCACAUUUUAUGCACUACUGUUAAUCCUCGGUGUGGUGGUAAUCAUAUAUGAGUCCAAUACGCAGGCUUCCUGGUGGAAGCAGCUCUGUGCAGUCAUGAUGGUCAUGUUCUUCAUCAGCGUGUGCUGGAACUGGGUCUACCUCUACAAGAAAGAGUUGGCAGUUAGGAUAUCCACAAUGCACAAGGGACAAGACAUGCCACCUGAGUGUAUGCCAGACAAGAUGACCUGGUUGGACUCCAUUAAGGAGGCCUUGCGGAAGCAGCUGACCUUUAAGAAAGACCCUUGCGAUGUUUACCACGAGAAUGUGCUGGUGGAUCCCAUUUACGAGGUGCCACCAACACGGGCAAUUGUACACACCCUUUCAACUAUGUUCAUGGAGCCGCUGAAGACCUUAGGCAAGCAGGUGUCCAGCUUCCACCGCGAGCUCCUUCAGGAUCUGCCCUACGCCGCCUGGCUGCCCGCCUUGCUGACUGUCUACUUAUCCCUGGCUGUUGUGUGCGUACUGAUGUGCUACUGCCCUCAGCUGGCCCACAGGAGAGACAGAGGGGCUUGGGAGAGAGUUCGCGAGUUGGAAGCUCAGCUGAGAGAGAGAGAUGCUGUCAAUCACAGACAGGGUAGGCUCGAAGAAUUUGAGCCUCGGAGGGAAGACCAAGUCGCACCGCCACCCCCAAUGCCAGCUUUGAACCUCAUCAUCAACAACAGACCAGCGGAAGACAUCCUGGCCGGUCAGCCACAGCACCAAAUGCAUCCGGAGGAGCCUCUGGCUGUAGAAAGACCGCCUGCCAGGCCGAGGCGGAGGCCACAUGUCAGCAGUGAAUCGGAUGCUGUCCAGGACCAUCCACAGCGACAGCCUCUUAACUUGGGCUCGCGCAGCGCAGACAGUGCACCCUAUCAAGGUGAUGUGUCUGGGGAUGAUGACUCCUCAGAUGAGGCAGAUGGUCGCCAGGGGCAGCGUCCCAGAGCCCCUGAUGAGAAAUACGGGACCAGGAGGACAGAAAUUCAGGGACAGCCUGUAGAAUGCCCCAACUCGGAGCUGGAUUCUAUGGAAGAGCGCUCAACUGUUAAGCCGAAACCGAAAGUGCAAGGUCUGUCAGGAACAAAACCGAGGCAGAAAGUCAGGGUGGACAAGAUGGCAUCGAAGGGCGACAGCCACCCAGACGGUGGAAGAUUGGGAAAGAAAGGCACUGCAGGAGGAGCAGGGCCGAAGGCAAAAAACAGGAUGGAGAAGCCCAAGCCGGGAGAAGUGCCAGCUGAGAACAUGUCGGCUUCAGUCACUCCUGCCUCGUCCACGGACUCAGAGCCAUUCUCGGCCUCAGUCCCUGGUCUGGACAGCCCAUCAAGUGUGUCGGUCAUCGAGGGAGACUCCACCCCUGCCUCUGGGGGCAGUGUGGAUGGCGAUUCGCACCUCCGGAGUCUAGGGACAUCCUUGAGCGGGAGUAUUGACAUCAUCGAGCCCCUGGGUGCUACAGGUGGAGCAGAGGGGGAAAAGAACGAGGAGGGGAACGAUUCGGACGAGUUCGAGGUCCUCUCCAGGGAGCAGUGCCAAGAUGAACCCAUGAAGUGAUUUGCUGCAACUUUUAGAAAAUCUGUUGGCAUCAGACAUGCCAGUCCUUUGCUCAAGUAUUCCAAAUCAUACAUUUGACAUAGUCCACCUUGGAUUUCCUCUACAUUCACCACGCCCAAGGGAGGCCCAGCAGCUGCCAUUGGGGGUCACACACUGAAGGUGAACUCAUGUGGAAAUUCCUGUUUAUAAAUUUAAGAAAACCUUAAGAAAGCCACAAUUUACUUCUGGUGUCAAUCAGGGUGUUUUCUCUUACCACAUCCUCCCAAACCUCUAAAAAUGUGUUCGAACCCUAUCUUGCAUGGGACCCAAGCAAAUUUGUCCAUUGUCUUCAUCAUGCUUUUUGUAGACUUCUUUAAAGGAGAGCUUUUUUUUUUUUUUACAACCCCAAGAGGGCCCUUGUUCUCAGAAACAGUAUAGUAACUAAAGCAAAGGCAUUGUAUUCUCUUGCAGUUUAUAUCAGGACCAUGAGCGGCACCAGGAUUUAUUUUUUUUUAGGGGGGGUGAUCGAAGCACUUAUUUUGGAAAUGAUAAGUCGUAACAGUGGGAAGGAGGCCAGUUAAUGCUGCAGAUAGGUGAUUUUUAUCCCCUUUCAUCGUUUUCCCUAAUUUUUGUUAAGUUUUGUGUCUUUUUCCUCCUUGUUAAUAUUUCAAUUUUUAACCGGGGGGGGGAAGGGAACAAGUUCCUUUCUGGCUCCCCUCCCCGGCGACAUUCAUGGCCUGGACCUGUACUUUUGAAGAAAAAAAAAAAAACUCUUGAAUACAGAAGAACAACUCAUAUUUUACAUAUAGUUGUGAAAGAAAGGGACAUAUGAAAUAUAUUUAUGUAUGAAAUCUUCUUCCUGGGGCAAUUUGGUCUAACAGAACUUGACAGAGAAAGUAGAAAAAUGUAUUAUACGUAGAAAAGUUUAUUUAUUAGUAAGCAAAAUUUCUUAAUGAAAAAAGUGAAUGGAUCUAAGAAUUUCCUAUUUUAACUUGCUGAUUAUGGUGUGUUCCUUGCACGACGUAGAAAUUUUGAAGCUUUAUGAUGUCAAUUUUAAUUAUACUUGCAGCGGUACAUAUAAGUUAUUUUUUUUAUCGUACUGCAAAUAGCUGGAACACAUAGAAUAAUUGGUAGAAUUGCUUAAGCUUACUGUUCACUUUUAAAAACUGCUGAGCAUUAAACCUGACCUUUCCAAAACCUGCGGAUUGUGAAGGAUCUUGCAAGAUUUUGUUCGCUACUGUUACUUUCUUAUGGGGUUUCAUGCUCCUUAUGUGUUGAAGUGAAGAGCGCUUACGUGGGCUCCUCCUUUGCGGUGGCAGAACUUAAGAGUGAAAGUCUUUAAAAGGGUCAGGAGCAGAAACCAGAUAAUUAGCGAUGUAACAAGCUUAAUGAGUGAUAUGGAUCCAUUCAUGAUUUCAGUAACUAAUGCGGCAGUAAUCAAUCUGGCAAGGUAGAUACUGUAGUAUUCUCGGCAGCUGUGUAUACGCACUUGCUGUCAAGGGAAACUGAUGUCGACAUAAGUGUUCGGGGCAUCUUGAUUUUCAGUUUCCUGACACAAGGGCAAGUACGAAACCCAGACUAACAUUAAGGCACUUUUAAUACUGACUUAAAUGCUUUCAUACUUUAAGCUUUAAACAAUAAGGUAUGAACCGCAGGUUGGAAAUCUCGGCAGGCAAGUUUCUGUCAUCGCGACACCUGAAUGUUAUCUGUCUGGUAACUGAUCAGACUGGUUCCCGUCUUACAGAUGGCCUCUGAAUGCAGGGACCCUGUAGUGGAUAAUGAAUCUGGCAGAGUCCUGUUGGGUUUACAUUAUGUAAAUGAAGAAAUGAUGCCUGCUCAAUGCACAAAUCAAGCAGGAGCUGAAAGUAUAUUUUGCUUUUGUUCUUUGUUACCGAAAAUAACUUUACCAUACCACUGAUUUGAAAAAAAUUGCCUUAAAAUGAUUUAUCAAUGAUAAUCAUUGAAAAAUAAAUUACCACACUGUGAUCAGCAGCCUUAGCAAGGAUAGAUACUUGUGUUUUAUUCACCUCAGAACUAAAAUAUAUUUCAUGUUAAAGCAUUGCUGUUGGCCUAACAAUAAUUUCAAUAUCGGCAUCCAAAUUGACAGGGCUAAUUGCACAUGUUAAACCGAAGCUAGCAACCAGUCCCUGUAUAAUAGGGAUGGGGACCGGUCCCAUAACUGAUUUGCUUGACUGCAGUGUCAACGGUCAUGACGGUGCUGGUAGUCUGGUAACCUCACUUGCCAGCAGGUUUGUGGGCAACCACAUAUGAUCUCUUAAUUACCAAGUAUUUUCAUGUACAUGCAGAAUGUUCAAUCAUGUCCAAAUACUGAGAAAUGUGAUUUAUGGCGUUUUUGUUUCUCAGACUAGCAUAUGCGUAGUACAGUGUGUGAAUAUACAUUAUUUUUUUCAUUUUAAACCAAGCGAGUAAGUUGGAUGCUUGGAAUGAUUUGUUUGCUUAUCAUUAACUAUUACGUAGAACGUGGUGGUGUAGGAAUUGGUGUAGACUGUACAGCAGGCUAGAGCAUUUUGGAAACAGGUCUGUUCACUUGCAUUUGACCAGUAAAAGAGUUCAGAAGUACAUGCAUAUCAGAAUGGGUAUGCUCAUGUUUUACAUGGGCCAUCAGCCAGUGUGAAGUAUAGGAGAGGCUAUUUGAGGUGGGUCAAUUUGAGUGAAUACAAGAGGUUGUUGAAAUGGUAUCCACCUAUGUAUUCUGCCUGCCACACUUCAAAUUGGCCAAAGGGUGUGGUAUAUGCUAUGCUAUAUAGUUGAACACAGAUAAGAGCACUUGCAAUAAAAAGUCAUGUUUACUUAUAACAAGGA